AUGCAUCUGCCAGGCAGUUUUGUUAGUUGUGGCUUCACCAUCUUCAGCCUGUUCUUGGGUCUGCUUCUCCCAUGUACCACAGGAAGGGAACUGAAGUAUGUUGUACUGGUUUACCGACACGGAGACAGAAAUCCCGUUUCAACUUUCCCCACUAAUGAGGUCAAAGAAGACGCUUGGCCACAAGGAUAUGGACAGCUCACAACGAAUGGAAUGCGGCGGCAAUAUGAGUUGGGCCAAUUCAUAAAGGAGAGAUAUAAGGGCUUCUUAAGUGAUGACUACAAGCGAAAUGAAAUUUAUGUCCGAAGUACAGAUUAUGAUCGAACCAUUAUGAGCGCUCAAGCGAACCUGGCCGGUCUUUUUCCUCCCCAAGGUUCCCAGAUCUGGAACACAGACAUCCCUUGGCAACCUGUUCCAGUUCAUACUGUGCCUCGUUCAUCGGAAAAGCUGUUGUAUUAUCCUGUUCGCGCUGAAUGUCAAAAGUUUGGCAAACUUCUAAAAGAAACUUUCGGAUCUGAAGCAGUCGGAGGACAAGUGAAUGGGCAAAUGGAAUUUCUAGGUAAAUUAGCAGCUGACCUGGGAUAUGAUGUGAUGAAACUUCUGGAUUUUAACAGCCACACACUCUGGAAUGCAUACGAUACUUUACUUGUUCAGCAAAUGAAUAACCAACCUGUCCCUCCCUGGGCUACGGACGAAGUCAUGGGAACGCUGAAAAAUCUUUUGGCCUUUGCCUUAAAUGCAAUGUUUGGGGUACACAAAAGAGAAGAGAAAUCGCGAGUACAAGGAGGUCUCCUUGUGAAAGAUAUUUUGGAUAAGAUGACAGAAGCUACUCAGGCCACUGAUGGAAGAAAAAUGUUAAUGUAUUCAGCUCAUGAUAUCACAUUGGCUGCCCUCCAGGUAGCACUGGAUGUUUUCAAACCACAUCUGCCUCCCUAUGCCGCUUGUCAUUUUUUUGAGCUAUAUAAAGAAGACGAUGGUGAGUUCGCCAUCGAGAUGUACUAUCAGACCAGUACUGAUGCUCCACCUGAACAGCUCAUUUUGCCAGGCUGCGAAGCCGCUUGUCCCUUGCAGAAGUUUAAAGAACUGGUUUCUCCUGUCCUACCAGAGGACUGGCAAGCAGAAUGCAACAGUUAAUGUAGGACGGCGUCGUAAAU